GUGCUUUCCCCACCUUUGUGCUUGAGCACAGCUGGUACAAUCUGUCUCACUCACUCAUUUUCAAAGGGCCUUUUCCACACGCAUACACACACACACACACACAUUUAGUCAACCCACUGUUAUCUUCGCCAGUUUCACACCAUCUUUCGUUCCCCCUCCUUUUUACGCGGCUGUUUCUGGACUCCAUUGGCACAUACACAAAUCUUUCCCCCCCGCCACACACCCUCUCUCCCUCCCUUUCACACUCUUUAUUUUUUUCCCCUCCCUUCCAGCUCCACACGGUCGCUCCCUCCCAGUCCUCAUCUGCACCUCGGCCGAGUAGCACGCCGCGGCCAGAGAGGACGCCAAACGGAGAAGGGCCAGCGCCUCCAGAAGGGAACCCGCGAGAGGCUCACUCAUGCUGUCCUGAGAGGAUGUGAGGGAAGCCCCGGGGGUGGGGGAGGAAGCGCUGGCAUCUUCAUCCGCUCAUCUGUGCAUCAAUCACACCCGAGCCGAACUUCUGCGGGGUGACCCCCCCGCCCUUGCCGCCCCUGGGAGGCGCGCACCCAUGUGGGAGGAGGCGCUGUGGACCCGCGGUCGCUACCUGCUGGAGAAGAGCGAUGGGGCCGAGGGCGGCGAGGGGCCCGACGGCCACGGCGCGGAGGGCUGCCCGGGCUUCCAGGGGGUGGAGGCGUGCGCGGAGGGCGAGAAGCGGCAGGACUGGCUGUACGAUUCCUAUUCCAGGAUGAGCCAGCAGCAUCCGCUCAUCGUCUUCCUGCUGCUCAUCGUCAUGGGAACCUGCGUGGCACUGCUGGUGGUCUUCUUUGCCUCGGGGCUGAAUACCGAGGACCACCUGACCUUUCUAAUCACGGUGCCGACGGCCCUUUUCCUCUUCUUGUCCAUCUUCAUUCUCGUCUGCAUCGAGUCCGUUUUCAAGCGUAUGCUCCGCCUCUUCUCCCUCCUUAUAUGGGCAUGUCUCGUCACCAUGGGUUACCUGUUCAUGUUCUCCGGAGGGAUCCUCAGUCCCUGGGACCAGGUGUCCUUCUUCCUGUUCAUUGUGUUUGUUGUGUACACCAUGCUGCCUUUCUCCAUGCGAGGGGCCAUCAUGGCCAGCGCCGUCACCUGCUUGUCGCACACCGUCACCCUCAGCGUCUGCUUGGCUUCCGUCGCCAACGACUUGGAAGCUCUCGUCUGGCAGAUCCUGGCCAACGUGAUUAUCUUCACCUGCGGUAACUUAGCGGGGGCGUACCACAAGCACCUGAUGGACGUGGCGCUCAAGCAGACCUACCAGGACACCUGUAACUGCAUCAAGUCCCCCAUCAAGCUGGAGUUUGAGAAGCACCAGCAGGAACGUUUGCUCCUGUCCCUGUUGCCGUCUCACAUCGCCAGAGUGAUGAAAGCCGAGAUCAUCCAGCGGCUUCAGGGCCCAAAGUUCGGUCGCACCGAGAACACCAACAACUUCCACAACCUGUACGUGCAGCGGCACACCAACGUCAGUAUUCUUUAUGCCGACAUCGUGGGCUUCACCAGGCUGGCCAGCGAUUGCGCACCAGGGGAGCUCGUGCACAUGCUCAACGAACUUUUUGGAAAGUUUGACCAGAUUGCUAAGGAAAACGAGUGCAUGCGAAUCAAGAUCCUGGGGGACUGUUAUUAUUGCGUGUCUGGUCUGCCGGAAUCUCUGCCUCACCACGCCAGGAAUUGUGUGAAGAUGGGCUUGGAUAUGUGUGAGGCCAUCAAGAAAGUUCGAGAUGCCACCAGGGUCGACAUCAACAUGCGUGUCGGCGUUCACUCCGGGAACGUCCUGUGCGGCGUGAUCGGCCUCCGCAAGUGGCAAUACGACGUGUGGUCGCACGACGUGACGCUCGCUAAUCACAUGGAGGCGGGAGGUGUGCCGGGGAGGGUGCACAUCUCCUCAGUGACUCUGGAGUACCUGAAGGGCUCCUACAAGGUGGAGCCAGGGGACGGACAGAGUCGAGACUCGUACCUGAAAGAACACGGCGUGGCCACCUUCCUGGUCAUCAACCCCAAGACCGCCAAGCACAGCCCUCUGCUGGGCUUGCGCUCUCGCCCGUCUCUGGAUGGCGGCAAGAUGAGGGCGUCCGUCCGCAUGACCCGCUAUCUGGAGUCGUGGGGCGCCGCCAAGCCCUUCGCCAACCUCCACCACCGCGACAGCAUGAGCACGGACAACGGCAAGAUCAACACCACGGACGUUCCGAUGGGGCAGUACCACUUCCAGCGACGGGAAAGGUCCAAGUCGCAGAGGAGGAGGUUUGAGGAAGAACUCAACGAGCGGAUGAUUCGCACCAUCGACGGCAUCAACUCACAGAAACAGUGGCUGAAGUCAGAGGACAUCCAGAGGAUCUCAUUGUUCUUUCACAACAAAGCCCUGGAGGCAGAGUACAGAUCCACAACCUUACCCGCGUUCAAGUACUACAUCAUGUGCGCCUGCCUCAUUUUCUCCUGCAUAUUCGUCGUGCAAGUCCUCGUCUUGCCCAAAACUGCUGUGCUGGGGAUAUCCUUCGGCCUGGCCUUCUUGCUUUUGGCACUGAUCCUGGUUCUUUGCUUUGCUGGUCACGUUCUGCAAGGACGGAAGGGGCCGGUGUGCUCUUUCCCCUGGUGGAACGCGUCCUCCCGCAUCAUCGUCACCAACAAUCCUUGGUUGCGACUGGUCCUCACCAUGACGACCACCGCCCUGAUCCUCGUGAUGGCCGUCUUCAACAUGUUCUUUGUGGAGGAUCCUGGGAAAUCCAUGCAGGAAGUCUCCGCAGUGGGUUCCCCUGACGCGAUCGCAACCGGUCCCCCUGCGAAUCUAACAAACGGCACCGUGCCCAUGCCGGACGACCAGGCUCAAUCAGCGGGGGAAAGCCGUUUUUAUCUGCCGUACUUCAUCUACUGCUGCAUUCUGGGCUUGGUGUCGUGCUCGGUUUUCCUGAGGAUCAACUACGAGCUGAAGAUGGUGGUGAUGCUGGUCGCCUUGGUGAUCUACAACGUCAUCAUCCUCCAGACGCACGCCUCGCUGCUCGACGGCUUCAGCAAAGCUCUGUACAGCACCCAGGCGCUGGACCGACCAGGAAUUCUGAAGGACCUCAAGACAAUGGGCUCUGUGUCGCUCUUCAUCUUCUUCAUCACUCUGCUGGUCUUGGCUCGCCAGAAUGAAUAUUACUGUAGGUUGGACUUCCUGUGGAGGGACAAGUUCAAGCGGGAGUGCGAGGAGAUCGAAACCAUGGAGAAUCUCAACCGAGUCCUGUUGGAGAACGUCCUGCCCGCCCACGUGGCUGAACACUUCCUGGGACGCAACUGGAAGAAUGAGGACCUUUAUCAUCAGUCGUACGACUCCGUGUGCGUGAUGUUCGCCUCCAUCCCGGACUUCAAGGAGUUUUACACCGAGUCGGAUGUCAACAAGGAAGGACUCGAAUGCCUCCGUCUCCUCAAUGAGAUCAUCGCGGAUUUUGAUGAGCUGCUUUCAAAGCCAAAGUUCAGUGGAGUGGAGAAGAUUAAGACCAUCGGGAGUACCUACAUGGCGGCCACCGGACUCAACUUGACGCCAGGACCAGAGUGCGCACAGGAACAUGACAGACAGUACAUGCACAUCGGCACCAUGGUGGAGUUUGCCUUCGCUCUGGUCGGGAAACUCGACGUCAUUAACAAACAUUCUUUCAAUGACUUCCGGCUGCGAAUCGGGAUAAAUCAUGGACCGGUCAUUGCGGGGGUCAUCGGGGCACAGAAGCCUCAGUAUGACAUCUGGGGAAACAGCGUGAAUGUGGCCAGUAGGAUGGAGACCACGGGCGUUCUGGGCAAAAUCCAGGUGACGGAGGAGACGAGCGAAAUCUUAUCCACGCUGGGCUACAUGUGCUCAUGUCGAGGCAUCAUCAACGUGAAGGGCAAAGGGGAGUUGAAGACCUACUUUGUCCACACCGAGAUGACCCGAUCCCUGUCACAAAGCACCAUCAUGCCUUGAGUGCUCAGUUGGAGGGGUGGGGGGGGGAUAAAUACAUCAAAAAUCAAAAACAACACAACAUAGAAAGUGGCAUUAGCGGCAAUUGGUCAUGCUCGGGGUAUACAAGUUACUCGCGGAGGCCCCAGCGUCACACCGGACAAACAACUGUGAAGACGGCGGCACUGUCGGAAGUCGCCAGGCGUCGCUUCCUGUUGAGUGUCGAAGGCGGCUCUCCGAGGGCUGCGGUGGGCCUGAGAGAUUUUUUUUCUGUAUUGCUGCAGCCUCUCAAGGAGCGCAGUCAACCAUUUAUCCACAAGUAGCGUGGAGGUAAUUAGCCAUGCCAGUGUGGCGAGCAGUGUGCUUCAGAGCCGCCUUAUGCUUGAGCAAAAGCGGCUCUAUAAAUAGUAUACACUCUAUGGACAAAAGAAGACACACCAAUUAAUUCUUGACAAGUUCAGAAUGGACCGAGCCUCCAGUCAGACUCAUUGUAAAUUCGCCCAUGUUAGGACUUGCCACUUGCUCGGCAAACAAGUGUGAGACGCUUGAAUUAACUUUGACUCGGUACAGUGAAGCCGUUCACAUUUUGGAUCGCAGCGGCCAUUUUAUCCGCAUAGUCUUUUAUUUCUGUUGUUUUGCUCUUCAUGCUGCCAUGGCGCAAAAAAAAAAAAAAAUCCCCCACCCUCCCCCGACCCCCAAGCCUCUGAACAAAGCUUGCAUGCGCCCCUCACUUGACAUGCACACAUGUGAUGCUCAUAACAGGGUAGCGUGUGAUUAUGAGUGCACAGUUGUAAUAAUUGGUCACAGAGAAUGUUGUCCAGUUUCUGGAAUGCUAAGUAAGGUAGCAUUAGCAGACCAACGUUAGCCAUGAAAACUAGGCUGUGAGCAUGACUUAUUCAUAACUGUUUCUCUAGCACUAAAUGUUAUUGGUUUCACAGAAUUAAAAAAAGUGAUAAGCAUGUUGGCCAAUAUUGUUGCUAAUUCUGAUCACUUUCUGAAUGCCUCACUGGUUGAUAGUCUUGGUGGUGUUAACAAAUGAGGGAGAGACAUUUUUUUAAAUAUGUGUCUCUGGUUGUGGUUCCUCUGAUGCGGUGGUUUCUUAAAAAAAAUAUGUCAUAAUAAUACAACAACUGCAACCCCCCUUUAUCUUAACUCUUAAUCUUUACCAUUGCAUUUUGGACUAUCAAGGCAUGAUGUAUAAUUAUGGUGAGGACCCUUCUCACAAUUUCAACUCUUGCGGAAAUCCUUACCAGAAGAGUAAAAUGUAUUACAUAGUUUAACAGGGAGGACCAGCGCCCUAUUUUCUUCCCUUCUGACUUCUGUACGUGUAAUACUUUUGUCCAUGCAAUGUAUACUUAAGCCAAAUCUGCUCUGUGAGCCAUUUUGCUCAUUUAUUUCAACUGGAUGUUAGGCUAGUUUAUUGUCACGCUGCCAACAAAUUCCUACAAUGACAGGUAGUUUGAAUGUGAAUUAUUGUUGGUAGUUUUAGAUUUGGAAUUAGUGUUUGAAGUCGUUGGCUUGAGAAGAAAAGUAGAUGUUGCUUUUUAUAAAUAUCCUCUGGAAGAAAACCCGCUGCACUGUGUGUUUAAAUGUCCCUAUGCUGCCACACUUUUGUUAUUCAUUAAAUAUUUGUAUAUAAUGUA